AAUUUCGUUGAAAUUCCAGUCGUUCUUAACCGGUCAGUUCAUAUUUUGUCAAAGGAUUGCUCACGCAAGACGUUGUAAAGAUGGAAAAGGCACAAAGUCCAAAUUAUUUUCUGGCAAUUCAAGUAACCGACAUAGAGAUAAAACAGAACGUUCGAGAGAUACAAAACUUCAUAUUAGAAAAAGAAAAAAACCUUUCUCAUGCGAUGGUGGAGAUAGAGAGCCUCCAUUUGACCCUGGGGGUUUACCACUUAGAGGACCAGGAAAGGGUCGCACAGGCAGCAAAAGCUUUGGACAGAUUUCACAGUGAAUUAAAGAUUUCCGAUUUUACUCCACCAAGUUUGAAUGUUUCUGAUGUGGGACACUUUAAUCACAAAGUUUUGUUCGCAUCAGUGACAGAGGAUAAAGGACUAAAAGACCUUAACAACCUCGUUAAAGAUGUAAGGAAAUCUCUUGAGACAAAUGGAUUUUCUACCGCAGAUAACCGAUACACGCCUCACAUUACAAUUAGCAAGAUGUCCAAGAACAUGCCCAAACUUCGAAAAUUGGGUAUAAAGAGAAUUGAGCCAACGCAUUAUGAAGAGAAGAAGACCGUCUACUUUGGAAGACAGACAGUUGAAGGUAUCCAGCUUUGUUCUAUGGACGAACCAAAGUCAGAAUCUGGGUACUAUCAUGUAGAACAUGAAAUCAAAUUCCAGUCUUCUGACGACACGAAAGUUAACUGAUAUACGCACUACUGUUUGAAGAGUACGGAUGGUUCCCCGUCACUUUGAAGAGUACGGAUGGUUUCCUGUCGCUUUGAAGAGUACGGAUGGUUUCCCGUCGCUUUGCUUCAAGCAUUUUAUAAACUGCCAUUUAAGAAUGGAAUUGCUUCUUAUAAGUAUGUCGACAACAAAAUACAGAAAAUAUUUUUUUCACAAACCAUUUGAAUAUCCAUAUUAACUUUAUUCUAUUAGAACAAAAAUUGAAUGUCAAAAAAUUCA